GUUUUGCGCAUGCGCAUAGGUAGGGUAUUUUGCUAAGGUCCACCAUUACUCUGCUUACAGUUAAAACGGACAACAACCAUUUAAAGAAAAAGCUACCACCCUAGGAACAUCUACAGCUCUGUUGAGUGCUAGCGAUCUGAUCGCUGCAAAAUUAUACAGCAUGGAUGAAUGCGAUGCUGGUCUAACGAUCAACCCGUCAUCCAGUGUUGAAAUAUCCCCAACUGACAAGGCUCUCCCAGUCAUCACUGAAGAUGAAGUUGGACGAAUCAUUGACCUAGGUCUUGGCCGUGGUGUGGAUGCUACUGAUGCUUCUCCUUGGCUCCACAAGUCUUCGUUCCAAGUCAGGAGAGUCAACAUCGAUAACAUCAUUGGAACAGAAGAGGGUGGAUCUAUGCAGAGCUAUGAACAAGAGGUGUCCAGUGUUACUACACAACAGACCGACUUGAAAGCCUCCGUGGCAAUACCCCAGGCUCCAAUUAAUCUAGGCCUCGAGGGAGAGCAAUCUAGAAGCGUUUCAACAACACGAAAAGCCAUUGGAAAGAGAGUGAUGAAUAGGACUAUUUCCUUUGCCACGCAAUUUGAUGACUUAUCUCAAUCUGAAUCAAGCAGCAAUUUUUCUGCUCAGAAAGAUUCAAUGGCUUGCAAAUCAGUGUACACCAAGGAACAAAGCAUUGAAGAAUUUCAGCAAGCUUAUACCUUUGAAGAGCAGCUCUCAAAAUGGAUCCUGGAUCGUGUGCUACAUCGUUAUGAAUUGGCCCAAACAAUGGAAGACAUGGAGAUUCCACCUGAAAUUGCUGCAAUCAAAGGGAUCAACCCUCGUCAAGACAUUUCCAAUUACAUCAAUGCAGUGGAUCAUGAAGGUGCUAAGCAGAUAGUCAGUGACUGCGCAGACUUUGUUCAACAUUUCCGUAUUACCCAUUACGUCAAUUCCAUCAGUCUUGGGGCAGCUCAGUACAGAAUAAUCAGCGAGACCGAGUACUUCAACAAAGUUAGUGCUAAAGGAUCAUUCGGUUUCGAGGCAACUGCAAGUCUUGCUAUCACAGAGAGAUUCUUGAAGAAAACCAUCCACCGAGCUUCCAAUGUAAGAAAAAUUGGCAGAAUUACCGACGAGAAAGUUACCAGAGGGAGCUACAGUGAGGCGGUUAUCGGGAUUGGAAUCCUGCCGAUACAUCAGCUGGUGCAGUUGAGGUUCCUUCAUUUGGCACUGAGAAAGGCUCUUCUUGAGUACAUAGAUGUCAAAGGAGACACAAGUUCUGGUCCUUUCUUGAUUAAGUGUGAGGACAGCGAAAUCUACUGGAAGGUGAACGAUGCAAAUGGAUUUGCGAUUGAAGGAACCAGACAACCGUCUCAGGCCUCACUGUUUUUAGUCAUCCCCAAUGACGAUGGAGAUCACCCGUACGAGUUUUUGAUUGGCUGGCAAAAAGACCACAAACCUACUCUCCUGCAUUCCGAUUCCACCCUUUUCCAGUCUGAAGAAAGAAAGGGAGCUCGAAUGUUCCGCUACUUAAAUGCCCAUGUUAAUAUUCUCGGGAAAAACAGUGGCCCCCUUUGCCUAAGUAAUAACAUUCAUGAAGAAGAUGCCAGGUUUGCACUUCACAAUCGACUACUCAGGAAACAUGUUGCCCCAGUUGAUCUCCGAGAGUGGGUGUUGGGGAAAGACCAGUUCUUCAUCAACUGUUCACGAAGAAAACGGAGUAAAGAUGGAUUCUUGGCAAUAAAGAGGAUUGUUCAAAGAGAAGAGGGACAAGCUGAGUAUACGUCAGUGUGUGUGCCUUCAGUAAAGCACAACAACGAAGUGGAUACUUUUAUGCUUUUCUCUCUGGUGUCGCCAAAAGCGAAAGAAGACGCAAAAAAGAACAAGGAACUCGUACUCGAUGACGAACUUGAUCAAUUUUUCCAAGCCUCUUUGUCAAAAUCGAACCCCCAUUUCAGAAGCAUGUCAAACUUGGGGAAAAGAUUGGCCAAUGCUGUCGCAAACACAGCUAGCAGUGCUAUGAGCCAUACAGCUAGUGUCGUCACAAGUAUUGUGGGUCAUCAUCACGCCAUUGCCGACAAGUCAACAGAGAUGAAAAAAAGUACUCCUGAUCUCAGGAAAACUGUUGCCUUUGAUGCUGAAGAAACUACCUUUAUUGAUCAGUGAACAAUAGGAUCUAUAGUCGUAUAAUUUGUAUGUGCUACUUUGUGUAUUUAAGUUAUGCUAUGUUUAGACUACACAUUUUAGGUCACAGCAA